AUGUUUGACCCCAAUAUAUUUUUGAGCGAAAGAGAUGCUAAUGAUGCAGAAGGAAAUGGUCAAUCUUUUCUUCCAGAUCUUCAGCAGUUUUUCAUGGCGAAUAUGCCCUUUGAUACAGACAAUGUAGACUUCCAAAAGAGAGAAGACAUGAUGGAAACAAUGUUUCCUCCUCGCCAAGACCUAGACCCUUUCGACCCAAGUGUAUUUUUCUCAUUUGACCCCUCGUUUUUAGCACCUGAUGCCCAAGACAUCCAUCGGUUCAUUAGCCAGCCAUUUGAAUUUUUUCCAAUGGUGAAUUCAGACAACUCGGCUAGAGAAAAGCCUGAAAAUAUAAAAUUCGAAAACCAAUUACUUCCCAAGCCUCAAAUCAUGUACUCGAAAACUGCUAAAAUUGGAACUCUAACUAUCGAAGAAAGACAUUUAAAGAUAGAAAAAUAUCUAGAAAAGAGAAAGAGAAGGAAUUUCUGUAAGAAGAUCUCCUAUGAGUGCAGAAAAAGAGUUGCUGAUGACAGAAUAAGGAUAAGAGGUAGAUUUGUGUCAAAAAUUCAAGCUGAAGCAUUGAGAGGCUUGGAAAAUGAUAAGAAUAAUGUGCAACUCCCUAUCAAGAAAGAGAGCUAA